GAGGCCAAGCAGCAGAACAAUGGCUGGACUGCAUUUCCCUGCAGCCUCUCUGUUGUGACUUUUGAGCAGGCGGUGGGAGGAAAAGGAGGACUACAAAUCCCAGGGCUCCUCUGGAGGGCGGGAGGCAGGAGGGGAGGGUGGGCCUGGAAGGAGAGGAAAAAGCCUGGGGAAAGUUUGGCAGCCCCAAGAAGGCAGGAACAGAAUGAUGACUGCAUUGAAAUCUGGAUUGCCUCCAUCCUCCCGAGAAAUGGCCAAGGUUGCACUGAAGCCAGGGCAGAGCCUGGUGACUUUUGAAGAUGUGGCUGUUUAUUUCACAACCAGCGAGGGAGCUCUGCUGAAAUCAAGUCAAAAAGCCUUAUACCUGGAAGUCAUGAUGGAGAAUUAUGGGAACGUGGCCUCCUUGGGAUUUUCAGGUCCAAAGCCUGAACUCAUCUCUCAGAUGGAACAAGGAGAAGAACUGUGGAUACCCGAUUCUCAGAUGAAAGUUGGUGCAGAGACCUUUGGUAGAGACUCAGGUGACUCUUUGGGGAAAGCUUGGAGACCCCCAUGGGGUGAAAGUUAUGUCGUUCCCCGGAGAUUCCUUUCUGAAGAGAAACCCUUUCCGAAGAGAAAGCCUUCUGUUCAACAGCCAAACCUGAAGAUGCCACCAAAAACCCUCAAGGGACAAAGAAGCUACAAGUGCCUGGAGUGCGGAGAAAGCUUUAAGCGGCAUUCCCUCUUCAUCAGACACUGGCGUGUCCACACGGGGGAGAAGCCAUAUGAAUGCCAGGAGUGCGGGAAAGGUUUCCUCCGGCCCUCAGCUCUGGUGAAGCACCGCCGUGUUCACAGCACCAAGAAACCAAGAAACGUGUGCUUGGAGUGUGGGAAGCAAUUUGCCCGAGAGGCGUACCUGCUGGCCCACCAGGUGACCCACUUCCGAGAGAAGCGUCGGAAAUGCUUGCAGUGCGGGGAAGACUUUGCCGACCACCCGGCUGACUUUAGGCACCAGAGAUUCCAUACCGGAAAGACAUCUUAUAAGUGCCUAGAGUGUGGGAAGGGCUUUACGGACCGUUAUCACGUAGUGAUUCACCAGAAAGUCCAUACGGGAAUGAACCGCUUCAAAUGCUCCGAGUGCGGGGAGUGUUUUGACCAGCAUUCGGCCCUCGUCAGUCACUGGAUGGUCCACACCGGAGAGCAGCCCUACGAAUGCCUCGAGUGUGGCAAAGGGUUUUCACGGCCCUCGGCGCUUGUGCAGCAUUGCCGGGUCCAUACAGCUGAGGAAUCCUACACGUGCUCUGAGUGUGGGAAAUGUUUCACCCAACAGUCGGGUCUGGCGAGGCACCGGCGAGUCCACUCUGGAGAAAAACCCUUCCGUUGUUCGGAGUGCGGGAAGGGCUUUGCGGAUGCUUCAUCCUUAAAGAAGCACCAAAGGGUUCACACCGGUGAGAAACCUUUCAUGUGCCCGGAGUGCGGGAAGAGCUUUUCGGACCGAUCGAACGUCUUGGCUCACCAGAGGGUCCACACGGGGGAGAAACCCUAUAAAUGUUUAGAGUGCGGGAAAUGCUUUUCUCAUGGGUCGCAUGUCCUGAAACACCAGAAGUUCCACGUGAAGUACUAUGUAAACACUGAUAACUGCCCCGGGGAGUUGGCCACAAAGGAGUUGCCUCUCCCAAGGACAAUCCAACCAGAGCCUGGAAGCAACAAAUUAGAAAGGCUUUUCUCCCCCUACUUCUGGUGGAGGAGUGGAAGGCCCAUGUUGCUGCAAAAGGGCAGGAGGGAGAGAGACGGUGCAAUGGAGUUGGCAAUACAACCGGGCGCAUAUUCAUUCAAUGGCAGAGUGAAAGGCAUCGCCAAGCAGAGACCGCAGUUUCUGGCGUCUUUCGAGAAAGUGGCGGUCUAUUUCAGCAAGGAAGAGUGGGAUUUCCUGGAUUCAGCUGAGAAGGCUCUCUACACAGAGGUGAUGCUGGAAAACUACGGCAACGUGACUUGGCUGGAAUUUCCCAAGCCAGUCCUCAUCGCCUGCCUGGAAGAAGGAGAGGAGCCAUUUCUCCAAUGCUCUGAAGACGAGGAGAGAUCAGGCAUUAUCUGCGCAGACAAAACAGUGGAAAUGAAGUCAGGCUUUGGAUCAGUUCAUUUUGGUGUUGGGAUAGAAAGAACCGUCCUGCAGCGGCCUCAGUGGCUGACGUCCUUUGCAGAGGUGGCUGUGUAUUUCAGCAAGAGAGAAUGGGAUCUACUGGAUCCAAGCCAAAGAGCUCUCUACAAGGAAGUCAUGCUGGAGAACUAUGGGCUUGUAACUUCUCUUGAAAUACCCCAAUCAGACCUCAUCUCAUGUCUGGAAGAAGGACGAGAUCCAUUCAUCCAGGACGCUGAGGAAAAGAAGAGAUUGUUGGAUACCUGCUUAGGUUGGGACAGUGAGAAAUAUAAGAAGCCUCCUCUGCAGUCAGUGCAAUUUACCAACUCUGGAGAGGAGAAAGAGUUAUUCGUGAAUCCACGGGGAAGCAAGCCUCACGAGCCAGUUAAGAAAGGGAAGACACCGUCUCCGCAGGCCUACUUUGCUGAACUUUUCGCAGAAGACGAUGAUGAGCAAGGAAAGGAAAAGAAGAAAGUUUCCAUUUUUGGGAAGCUACAGAAAGAUAACCCUAAAUUAAGUAAAGAUUGUGGAACAGACACAAGGGAGAAACCCCAGGAACAAACGGAGCCUGAGAGUAAAACGGAGAGUAAGCGUUCGAGUAGCGGUGGAACGGAUGGUAAACAACAAAAAACUCAGACUGGGGAGAAGCCAUAUAAAUGUUUGGAGUGCGGAAAGGGUUUCAACCAGAACUCAAGCCUUACCGCCCACGUGAGAAUUCACACCGGGGAGAAACCAUAUAAAUGCCUGACCUGUGGAAAGAGCUUUUGCCGUAGCUCCCACCUUACGAGCCAUCGGAGGACUCAUACGGGCGAGAAGCCUCACAAGUGUGCAGAGUGUGGCAAGAGCUUCAGUCAACGCUCACACCUUACUAGCCACCAGAGAACCCACACUGGGGAGAAACCCUACAAAUGCACCGAGUGUGGAAAGGGCUUCAGUCAGUGUUCGAGCCUUACGAGUCACCAGAGGACUCACUUGGGGGAGAAGCCGUACAAUUGUGGGGACUGCGGGAAGAACUUCAACACAAAGUCCAGCCUGACCGUCCAUCAACGAACACACACUGGGGAGAAGCCAUAUAGUUGCACCGUGUGUGGGAAGACCUUCAGUGAUGGGGGAACACUCAUUAAGCACCAAAGAACUCACACGGGGGAGAAGCCGUACAAAUGCACAGAUUGCGGGAAGACCUUUACCCGGAAAGUACACCUCACUCGACAUCAAAAAGUGCAUACGUUGGAACUGCCGUAUAUAUGCAUGAAGUGCGGAAGGAUUUUCAGUAAGAACUCAGGCCACGUGACAUUUCAAGGUCCGGACACAGAAGGAAAACCGUAUGAAUGCAUGGAGUGUGAAAAUAGCUUUUGGUUCAGCUCCGACCUUAAUAAUUUUCAAAAAAGCCCACAAAAUGAAGGAGCUGCGCCGAUGCAUCAUGUUUGGAAAGGUCUUCAGCAUGAACUUCAGCCUUAUUGAACUCAACAGAAUCUCCAUUAGAAACCAGAUUCAGUUCAUUUCCACAUUUGAUGUAGUUAGGAGUGGAAAACCCAUGAUUUUAACAAAAAUACUUUUUUAAACCCAAAAUAACACCUCACUUGGAGUCUCUGGUCAUUCAGUGUCACUGUUUGACCAACUUCCCAUAGAAUUGCUCUAAGGAUUUAUUAUCAUAGAGUUGGAAGAGUCCUUGUGGGCCAUCCAGUCCAACCCAAUUCUGCCAAGAAGCGGGAAACUCACAUUCAGAGCACCCCUAACAGAUAGCCAUCCAGCCUCUGUUUAAAAGCUUCCAAUGAAGGAGCCUCCACCACACUCUGGGGCAGAGAGUUCCACUGCUGAACAACUCUCACAGUCAGGAAGUUAUUCCUAAUGUUCAGGUGGAAUCUCCUCUCCUGUAGUUUGAAGCCAUUGUUCCAUUGCGCCCUAGUAUCCAGGGCAGCAGAAAACAAGGCUGCUCCCUCCUCCCUCACAUGGCACUCAUCGUGUCUCCUCUCAGCCUUCUCUUCUACAGGCAAAACAUGCCCAGCUCUUUAAGCCGCUCCUCUUAGGGCUUGUUCUCCAGACCCUUGAUUAUUUUAGCCGCCCUCCUCCAACUUAGAGUCAACAUCUUCCUUCAAUUGUGACACAAUGUGCUUCCAAGUGUGGUCUGACCAAGGCAGAAUAGAGGAGUAGCAUGACUUCCCUGGAUCUAGACACUAUGCUCCUAUUGAUGCAGGCCAAAAUCCCAUUGGCUUUUUUUGCUGCCACAUCACAUUGUUGGCUCAUGUUUAACUUGUUGUCCAUGUGGACUCCGAGAUCUUUUUCACAUGUCCUGCUCUCGAGCCAGGCAUUGUCCCCCAUUCUGUAUCUUUGCAUUUCAUUUUUUUCUUCCUAAAUGGAGUAUCUUGCAUUUGUCCCCAUUGAACUUCAUUUUGUUGGUUUUUGGCCCAUCUCUCUAAUCUGUUCAGAUCGUUUGGAAUUCUGCUCUUUAUAAAUACCUAGAUGAGUGUUCUCACUAUGGAUUGGAGAGUCUUCAAGUUUGAUUCUAUUAUAUUAAACAUGAAACCCGUAGAAGUGAAAUCUGCAAAUGUGGAGGGCUAGCUGCAAUCUGUGUGGUCUUGCGUCAGGUCAAAGGUUGAUGCAUCUGGCAGACCUUGGAAGUCCUUCAGGAGCUCUCCGAACAAAACAGAACUUGGGAUUUUUCAAAGUACAGUUUCCGCAGAAGCAGAGAUUUCAAAGAACUUCUGUUUUCUUUCUGGGACAAGUGCCAUACAUCCUAACUAAAAACAAAAGUAAAUGUGUGAAACAGACCAAAAAAAGGGGGGAGGAAAAUAGACCCUUCGGUAUGGGUCUAUUUCUUCUUCAUAGAAAGCCCCUGUACUAUUUAAUUUGAUUCCUUUCUUUUUGUGCUGCUAGUAAUUUAAGGACUGCUUCUUUGAUCGUAUUGUGCUGACUGCCGAACAAGAAAAUUUUUAGAGGCCAGAUGGACUCAGGUCUUGCUUAUGAAUAUAAAAGUACAGUUGUCUUCAUGAUGCAGAUCUGAACUAUCAGCUCAGCGAUUUGAAUAGUAUUGAUAUAAACAAACUCCAAAGAAAAAGUGAAAUGUGGACAAAAAUGACAAAGAGGGGGGAUUGUUUUGUGGAUGCGAAGCACUGAAGGAUGACUCUGGAGUCACCAUGUUGUAGAAGGCCUUCCAUUUUUCCUUGGGCAAGAAUAGUAAGAAACAGACAAGUGAGGAAUGGAUUUUUGACUCUCCUAGGAUUGUAUUUUUUUCUGAAAGUAGAUCAAUGGUACAAUUCAGAAGAGACCCCUCCCCACCAAAAAAGCCCUUAUUUGUGGUUUGAACUAUCUGUAUCAUUACCUGAUUUUCAACUCUAUAACAAGGAGUACGAACAAAAGCAAAACACUAUGUUUGAUAGUUUGGGGUAAUGUGCGAACAUCCAGGGUAGUGUUUCUCAACCUAAGAGUUGGAUCCCCCGGGAGGGGGGGGGUUUGCGAGGGGGUGUCAAAGGGGUUGCCAAAGACCAUCAGAAAACACAGUAUUGUCUGGGUCCUCACUACCUCUGAGGAUGCUUGCCAUAGAUGCAGGCAAAACGUCAGGAGAAAAUGCCUCUAGAACAUGGUCAUAUAGCCCGGAAAAACCUACAACAACCCAGUGAUUCCGGCCAUGAAAGCCUUCGACAAUACAGUAUUGUCUGUUGGUCAUGGGGGGUUCUGUAUGGGAAGUUUGGCCCCAUUAUAUCAUUGGUGGGGUAAAGAAUGCUCUUUGUUUGUAGGUGAACUAUAAAUCCCUGCAACUGCAACUCCCAAAUGUCAAUGUCUAUUUUCCUCAAACACCACCAGUGUUCACAUUUGGUCACAUUGAGUCUUUGUGCCAAGUUUGGUUCAAAUCCAUCAUUGUUUGAGUCCACAGUGCUCUCUGGAUAUAGGUGAACUACAACUCAAAAACUGAAGGUCAAUGCCCACCAAACUCUUCUAGUAUUUUCUGUUGGUCAUGGCAGCCCUGUGUGCCAAGUUUGGUUCAAUUCCAUCAUUGGUGGAGUUCAGAAUGCUUUUUGAUUGUAGGUUAACUAUAAAUCCCGGCAACUACAACUCCCAAAUGAUAAAAUCUCUCCUUUCCCCCAUCCCCACCAGUAUUCAGAUUUGGGUGUAUCGGGUAUUUGUGCCAAAUUUGGUCUAGUGAAUGAAAAUAUAUCCUGCAUGUCAGAUAUUUAUAUUGCGAUUCGUAACACUAGCAAAAUUACAGUUAUGAAGUAGCAAUGAAAAUAGUUUUAUGGUUGGGGGUCACCACAAGAUGAGGAACUGUAUUAAGGAGUCGUGGCAUUGAGAAACACUGUUCCAGGGACUUUAAAGAAAUCAGGAAAGAUGGGAAGAUACUGAACACAGUUUGGAGCUUCUAUCUGGCCCUUAACUUGCACUUUCUCCAACUUGAUAGAGUUAAAAAUGGCCAUAGUGAUGAUGAUGAUGAUGAUGAUGAUGAUGAUAACAAUAGAAGCAACUGGAAAAGCUGACACAAUAUGAGGAUUUAAAGAUCAAACUGCAAAGACUCUGGCACAAGCCAGUAAAGGUGGUCCCAGUGGUGAUCAACACACUGGGUGCAGUGCCUAAAGACCUUGACCUGCACUUAAAAACAAUAGAUGCUGACAAAAUUACUAUCUGUCAGCUGCAAAAGGCCACCCUGCUUGGAUCUGCGCACAUUAUUCACCAAUACAUCACACAGUCCUAGACAUUUGGGAAGUGUCCGACAUGUGAUCCAGUACAAAAGCCAGCAUAGUGAUCUAAUCUUGUUGUGUAUCAAAAAAUAAUAUAGGCAACCCCUUAUGGCCAAGUAUGCUUGUCUUCCAAGAGUAGAGUCUUGAUAGUAAGUCCAUAAGUGGCUGUAGAAACCUAUUCUGGAUCCUCAUGGUCUUUCACAUUGAGGCCAUUGGUUUUUAGGUGGAAGCCAUUCCCGACAAGGGUUUGCUUGACGUGCCUUCCUCUUGGCACAUUUCUCCCUUUCGUCCUCCAUUUGUGCCUCCUCAAAAUCCACGGCACCAUUGGUAUUCACCACCCAUAAGCUGGUCCAUGGUUAGGCACAAUCACCAUGAGACUUUGGUUGGCCAUUUCCAGGAGAUGAAGCUGAGGGAUUUCUGCUCAACCUGUGAGGUCCAUCCUAUUACACCCUGCUACUUAAUAUCUACAGUCAGCCCUCCGUAUCCGCGGAUUCUGCAUCCAGAGAUUCAACCAUCCAUGGCUUGAACGUAUGUCCUGUAUUUUGUUAAAAAUCCCAGUGGAUUUUGCCAUUUUCUAUAGAGGUCCCCAUUUUAUUAUGGCAUAGUAUAUAAUGGAAUCUGAGCAUCCACGGAUUUUGUUGUCCAUAACCAAACUCCAGUGGAUACCAAGCACCCACUCUACAUGCAACCGUUACAUAAGUAGGGGUGUGAUAUUAUCACUGUUGUUGAGCUGAUUGUUGACCAAAAAAUGGCUUAAAAGACUUUGGAGAGAAUGAAACCUGUGCUAAAAAUAAAACCUCACCUCUAACAUUGGACCUUGGGUAGGGGUAUAUUUUUCUGGCAUGUUCCUCCUGCCUAGAGUGCUUUGGCCCUUAUUCAUUGCUUGAGCUCCAAAACAUCGAUCUAGGGCUCUUGGGAAAAUUAUUAGUUCUACUGCUGUCUUGAUACCCACAAACUCCCAGUAUUAACUUCUCUCUCUUCAGACAAUUCGCUUGUUUAACCAGUUCUGCGUUGACAUGAGUUGAGUCCAGUAUGGAGCAGGGCACCUUAAGUGUUUGUUUGUUACCAGCUUUGGCUGGAUUCUGAACUACAAAUCCCAUUGGUUGGCAGAUAACUUGGCUUUAGCGAUCCUUUCCCUAGGAACCCUCUUUGGAUUACAGCUACCUCAAGACGGUUUGGAUUUUCACUUGUAAAACCUUGUACAGUUUGUGCAUCCAGGACCUAGAAGAACUUUUCUUCCAUUACUUACCUCUCCAUGCCUUAAAAGCAUUGGUGGAAGCCCUUCCAAGAACAACUCUCAAAUGCCUGUUGAAUAUGGGAACUAGAGACGAAGCCUCUUUAGUGGUAAGUUCCCUGGCAUUUGCUAUUCUUUUCAGAGAGAUCGGUAUUGGUAGGGAUAUCUUUUGAGUGCUGGGCAAAGGCCUUUCCUCUCUUUUCAUGUUUUCAGUAUUGAUGGUAUAAUCCCUGAUCAAUAUUUGGUUACGAUAUAAUCUUCCAUAUUUGUAACGAUUGUACCGAUGUAAUAUGUGAUUUUAUUUGAGAUUUCCUUGUAUUCUUAUGUAUCACUGUUUAUGUUGAUUAGAUUUCUGUAUGUUGCCAAGAGAACUAUAUUACUAUGUGGCUAAUAAAUGUGGAUGGCAAAGUAA